AAGAAAUUCAAAAGAAACCCAAUCGACCCCCUCCCUCCGGUUGUCUCUCCUGCGGUUCCGUCUUUUUUCGCGAAAAUAAAUACUAGAAACAGAAAAACUGAAGAAAAAAUAGGACUGUUUGAGUAGUAUAAAUAACAGUAGAGAGACCACUUUCUUCCAGAGCAGCUCCCAACAAACAACAAAAAUCAACAGUGAAAUCUGAAGAAAAUAAGCAAGGAUUUUUCAGUUUUCAGCUUCAGAUCUCGGAGUUCGAUUCCGUCGAUUGUUUUUUAGUGGAGGAAUUUGCCUUUUUCUUUUACUUUGUUUGUUUGGAAGAAUUUGUUGAUAAUUGUUUGUGAGCAAUGGAGAAAAGCACGCCGGUGAGGAAGCCUCACACUUCGACGGCAGAUCUGCUCACGUGGUCGGAGAAUCCGCCCGAAAACUCGCCGGCGCCGGCUUCCUCCGCCCGCUCUCACCAGCCGUCGGAUGGGAUCAGCAAGGUAGUGUUUGGAGGGCAGGUUACAGAUGAAGAAGUUGAGAGCUUGAAUAAGAGGAAGCCAUGUUCUGGCUAUAAGAUGAAGGAAAUGACUGGCAGUGGUAUUUUUAAAGGCAAAGGAGAGAACGGAUUGUCGGAAAUGGAUGAUGCUGAUGAGACUCAAGCCAACAAAACUGGGCUGCGUAUGUACCAGCAAGCAUUGUCGGGAGUCAGUCACAUCUCUUUUGGUGAAGAAGAUACGGUUUCUCCCAAGAAACCGGCCAGUCUGCCUGAAGUUGCUAAGCAGCGAGAGUUGAGUGGAAAUCUGGAAAGCGAAUCUGAAGCAAAAUUAAAAAAACAACUAUCAGAAGCCAAAAACAAGGAGCUCAGUGGGCAUAAUAUUUUUGCUCCACCACCUGAAAUUAAACCCCGCCCCUUGGGUGCUCGAGCUUUGGCAUUACGAGAGAGCAUAACGAUUGGAGAGCCUGCUUCUGACAAUGGUGCUGGCAAUGGUGCUUUGAGCGAGGAACCUCUCAAAACAGCAAAGAAGAUACCUAACCAGAAGUUCUCAGAGCUCUCAGGGAACGACAUCUUCAAAGGAGAUGGGGCAGCUGCAUCAGCGGAGAAGCCACUGAGUUCAGCAAAGUUGCGGGAGAUGAGCGGCAGCAACAUCUUCUCUGAUGGCAAAGUGGAAUCUCGCGACUAUUUUGGAGGUGUACGCAAACCCCCGGGCGGGGAAAGCAGCAUCGCCCUGGUGUAACUUUGUUAGGUCUAACCUCAAUUGUUUUUCUUCACUUUGUUAAUUUGCAUCUCGAUUAUCUUAUUUAAUGGGGGAUUGUGCUCUGCUGAUAUGAUUUUCGGCGUGUGUUGGGUUUUGGUUUGUCCUAGGUUUGGUUAACAACAUGUUUCUAAACUUUUUUUACAUUAAAAAAAAAAAAAAACAUCUGGCUAA